GAAUUUUCCUGAUUGGCCUGGCCUUCGCGAUCCAAUCCGCAGGGUCGACUGUCUCGAUAUAUAGCGCCCGGUGGCCUGUGCACUCGGGCCUGCCUCUCGUCCUCCCGCCUGACCAGCGCUGCUCCCUCUUUUCUCACCCACCCGCUCUCGCCGCGGACCUCUCGGGCCAAAGGCGUACCUCGGCCUGAUUUGCUGAUUUGCUGACUUGCUGAUUUGCUGACUUGCUGAAUCGCAGCCACGGACCGUCUCCGUCUCGCCCAAGCAGCACUGCCAGAGUCACCAUGAGCAACCUGACCUCCCACACCGCCGUCGCCAUCGGCAGCCUCGAAAACCUGUGCCCGUCCGAGCAUGCCGAGUCGCCCUCCAAGGAAUCCAAAGAUCACAAGGAUCCUGAGCCGGCCCAGACCCAUCCAAAGCCUUCCUUCCUGAGCCAUCUGCCGACUCUUCUGAUUCCCAAGCCCUCGCUCUUCUUCCGCAAACUGCGGCCAGCGCACUUGCCCCUCAGCGAUGGCGAGCCGUCCCGACUCAAAUUCCUGCCUCCGUCCCCGACUUUGACCAAGGCCAUCAUGUGCUUCUUUGGUCCGUUCCUGGCGAUCUGGCUGAUGUGCUAUCUCAACUCGAUGGGCGAGUACGAGGACUUUCUGCUCCUGGUCCCGUCCUUUGGUGCCUCGGUGGUGCUGCUCUUUGCGGCUCCCAAUGCCCCCUUUUCCCAGCCUCGCAACUUGAUCGGCGGGCAGCUCAUCUCCGGCAUCGUCGGCAUCGUCUUCAACGUCGCCUUUGGUCCCGGAACAGACUCGGUCUACCACCAUCUCCUGUCGGGUCUAGCCGUCGGCAUUUCGAUUUUGCUGAUGAUGCUCACCGGCACUGUCCAUCCUCCCGGCGGGGCCACGGCUCUGUACAUCACCCGCAUGUCGCCGCUCACCAGCGGCACCUCGGCGGUGCUCUUUUUGUUCUUCCCUGUGCUCAUCGGCGAUGCUUUGCUCUUCGUCCUCGCCCUCCUCUUCCACAACGUCUUUAGACACAGUCGCUAUCCCGAAUACUAUUACUGUUGAGGGACAGAGAGAGAGAGAGGAUUGCAUUUUUGUGUUAUUGGACACUGCUCCCACCAUCACCACCAUCACCACCACCACCACCACACACAGACCAUAGAGAUCAGUUCCGUCCAGCCCGCUGGAACAAUAUAUCGCUGCGCAAUCAGAAUGGAUUCACGCCAAUCUGGUGGAGUGAAUAGAAGCGUCGGGACAGAAGGCGGUGGCGGAGCAGCAACCGAAACCGUCUCUGGACCUUUCCCCAAGAUGACGUCGUUCUCGGCCCGGCUCGGUCCGGCCUGCCUGCCCCAUCGAUCAUGCUGUAUUCAAGCGGCUGCCGGCUGGGUUGGACGCCCACCAUCCCUUUGCUCCAUCCGCAUCUUCCACCACAAACCCCAACGGCGACGAUGCGAU